CCAGUGUUCAUUUUUUUUCAAACUGAGCUCGUAGCAACCAGUUGCACAUCGUCUCUUUAGUCCUUUUUUCGGUAGCAUUCUAUUUGUUUAUUGUUGUUGGUAGUGUUGUAGUGGUUUAAUUGUAUACAACGUCGACACUGAGCUGAUUUUAAAUAAGGAAGAGAAAAUGACGGAACCACUGAAGUCCAAUUUCUAUGAAAACAAAGCUCUGGGGAAGACCAAGAAGGACCCCAAGCGUUUGUCCGUGGAGAGAAUCUAUCAAAAGAAGACUCAGUUGGAGCACAUUUUGCUCCGACCCGAUUCUUAUAUCGGCUCGGUCGAGACGGUCACCCAGCAAAUGUGGGUGUACGACGAAGACGUCGGACUCAAUUGCAGGGAUGUGACAUUUGUGCCGGGGCUGUACAAGAUUUUUGAUGAGAUUCUUGUAAAUGCCGCGGACAAUAAGCAAAGAGAUAAGAACAUGUCCUGCAUUAAAGUCAACAUUGAUGUUGAAAACAACACCAUAAGUGUGUGGAAUAAUGGUAAGGGUAUUCCGGUGGUGGAGCACCAAGUGGAGAAAGUGUUUGUGCCCGCUCUCAUUUUCGGACAGCUUCUCACCUCCAGUAACUACGAUGACGACGAGAAGAAAGUCACCGGUGGACGUAACGGAUAUGGUGCCAAGCUCUGCAAUAUCUUCAGCACAAAGUUCACCGUGGAGACCGCCUGCAGAGAAUCAAAGAAGACUUUUCGACAGACCUGGUAUGACAACAUGGGCCGAACAGGGGAGCCCAGCAUCAAAUCCUUCGACGGAGACGAUUACACCUGCAUCACCUUUCAGCCAGACCUGCCCAAAUUUAAAAUGAGCGUCCUGGAUAAAGACAUAGUGGCCUUGAUGGCCAGGAGGGCCUACGACAUCGCCGGAUGUACACAAGGCGUCCGGGUCUUCCUCAACAGCAAAAGGCUGCCUGUGACAGAUUUCCAAAGCUACGUGAACUUGUACCUGAAAGACAAAGUCAGUGAAACGGGCAACGAGCUGAACGUGCUUCACGAAGUCGUCAAUGGACGCUGGGAGGUCUGCCUCACCAUCAGCGAGAAGGGCUUCCAGCAAGUCAGCUUCGUCAACAGCAUCGCCACAACUAAGGGCGGAAGGCAUGUCGAUUACGUGGCCGAUCAGGUGAUCAACAAGCUGAUUGACGUCGUGAAGAAGAAGAACAAAGCUGGGGUGGUGGUCAAGCCUUUCCAGGUGAAAAAUCACAUGUGGCUGUUUGUCAACUGCCUGAUUGAGAACCCCACGUUUGACUCGCAAACCAAAGAGAACAUGACUCUGCAGCAGAAGAACUUUGGCUCCACUUGCCCGCUCAGCGAGAAGUUCAUCAAGCAGGCCACCACCUGCGGAAUUGUGGAAAACAUCAUGAACUGGGUGAAGUUCAAAGCUCAGCUGCAGCUCAACAAAAAGUGCUCGGCGGUCAAGCACAGCAAAGUCAAAGGAGUGCCCAAGCUGGAUGACGCCAACGACGCUGGCGGCAAGAACUCCAUCGGCUGUACGCUCAUUCUCACCGAGGGAGACUCGGCCAAGACGCUGGCUGUGUCCGGGCUGGGCGUGGUCGGCAGGGACCGCUACGGUGUCUUCCCCUUGAGGGGAAAAAUGCUCAACGUGCGAGAGGCGUCUCACAAACAGAUUAUGGAGAAUGCCGAGAUCAAUAACGUCAUCAAGAUCUUGGGUCUGCAAUACAAAAAGAACUACACCGAUCCAGAGUCUCUUAAGACCCUGCGCUAUGGCAAACUCAUGAUCAUGACAGAUCAGGAUCAAGAUGGCUCCCACAUUAAAGGUUUGUUCAUCAACUUCAUCCACUACAACUGGCCUUCACUGCUUCGCCACAACUUCCUGGAAGAGUUCAUCACUCCCAUCAUCAAAGCAUCCCACAAGAAAUCCCAGCUGUCAUUCUACAGUAUCCCCGAAUUCGAAGCAUGGAAGGAGAGCCAGUCCAACCUUAAAUCUUGGAAAAUCAAGUACUACAAAGGUUUGGGAACUAGCACAUCGCAGGAGGCCAAGGAGUAUUUUGCUGACAUGCCGAGACACCGUAUUCCAUUUAAGUACUCGGGGCCCCAAGACGAUGAAGCCAUCACCCUCGCCUUUAGCAAGAAAAAAGUGGACGAACGCAAAGAGUGGCUCACCAAUUUCAUGGUCAACAGACGCCAGCGAAGGGAGCUCAACCUCCCUGAGGAAUAUCUGUACGGUCAGGCGACCAAGCAUCUGUCCUACAAUGACUUUAUCAACAAGGAGCUGGUCCUUUUCUCCAACUCUGACAAUGAGCGGUCCAUUCCCUGCCUGUUGGACGGUCUGAAGCCAGGCCAGAGGAAGGUAUUGUUCUGCUGUUUCAAAAGAAAUGAUAAGCGGGAGGUGAAGGUGGCCCAGUUGGCCGGUUCCGUAGCUGAGAUGUCAGCGUAUCAUCACGGAGAGAUGUCUCUGAUGAUGACCAUCAUCGGGUUAGCCCAGAACUUUGUGGGAAGCAACAACUUGAACUUGCUGCAGCCCCUCGGUCAGUUUGGAACUAGGCUCCACGGUGGCAAGGAUUCUGCCAGCCCCCGUUACAUUUUCACAAUGCUUAGCCCUCUGGCUCGCCUUCUCUUCCCGGCAACUGACGACAAUCUACUGAAGAACAACUUCGACGACAACCAGCGGGUGGAGCCCGAGUGGUACAUUCCCAUCAUCCCCAUGGUUCUGGUCAACGGCUCUGACGGCAUUGGCACCGGCUGGGCCAGCAAGAUCCCCAACUUUAGCGUCCGAGAGAUUGUCACCAACAUCACACGCAUGCUCAACGGAGAGGAGCCGCUACCCAUGCUCCCAAGUUAUAAAGGCUUCAAAGGAACAAUUGAUCAGCUGGUGGAAAACCAGUACAUCAUCUGUGGAGAGUUGGCCAUUAUUGACUCCACCACAAUUGAGAUCUCAGAGUUGCCUGCAAAAACCUGGACACAGUCUUACAAGGAGAACAUUCUGGAGCCAAUGCUAAACGGCACCGAGAAGGUCCCCCCUCUGAUCACAGACUACAAGGAGUACCACACUGACACCACGGUGCGAUUUGUCAUCAAGAUGACUGAGGAGAAACUUCGCGAGGUGGAGGCGGCUGGACUCCAUAAAGUCUUCAAGCUGCAGAAUCCCCUCACCUGCAAUUCAAUGGUUCUGUUUGACCACGUGGGCGCCUUGAAGAAGUACGAGUCAGUGCAGGAUAUUCUAAAGGACUUCUAUGAGAUGCGUUUGAAGUAUUACGGCAUAAGGAAGGACUGGCUGUUGGGAAUGUUGGGGGCGGAGAGCGCAAAGCUCACCAACCAGGCCCGCUUCAUCCUGGAGAAAAUCCAGGGCACCUUGGUCAUUGAGAACAAACCAAAGAAGGAGCUGAUUCGCAUGCUGCAGCAGAUGGGUUAUGACUCUGACCCAGUCAAAGCCUGGAAACAAGCUCAAGACAAGAACGAAGAGCAAGUAGAUGAUGAUCAGGAGGAAGCACCUGAGGAGGACACCAGUGGUCCAGACUACAACUACCUGCUUAGCAUGCCAAUGUGGUUCCUGACUAAGGAGAAGAAGGAGGAGCUUUGCAAACAGAGAGAUGCUAAGAUGACGGAGCUAAACAGACUUAAGAUGAAGAGUCCAAGUGACCUGUGGAAGGAAGAUCUUGCUGCCUUUUUGGAAGAACUUGAGCGAGUUGAAGCCAAAGAGAAGGAGGAUGCCGCAAUGCCUGCUCCCAAGACUUCCAAAGGUAAAGCAGCCAAGGUGAAAAUGGAGACUAUGCCCACGCCGCAGGGCCGCCGGGUCAUCCCGCGCAUCACCAACGCCAUGAUAGCCGAGGCCAACAGGAAGGCCGAUGUCCUCAAAGGAGAACGCAAGCGAGGCCUAAAAGUGAAGAGUGAAGACGACGUAACCGUGAAGAUGGAUUUCGGGGACGACGAGGAGAACCUGGCGCUGGUCAAGGAGGUCGGUCUGACGAAGAAAACCAAAAAAACCUCACAGGAUAAAGGGUCAAAGACUGGGAAGCAGACCACUCUUCAAUUUAAGCCUGUUGCCAAAAUGACCAAAAAGAGUCCCAUCUCCGAGGAGGAAGGCAACGGUCUUUCAGACAGCGAAAUGGAGACGGAGGAGGUCAUUGCUCCCAGAGAGAAGAUCCAACGUAAAACUAAAGCUGCCGUCAAGUACUCCCUGUCGGACAGCGAAGAUGAGUUUAACAACGCUCCAGAACAGAAAGAUUUCAACACCACCACCGACGAUGACGAAAGCUUCGCUCCAGCCGCCCUGAUUGAUAGCGACGUAGAUUCUCCCGUGGCACCAAAGAAAAUAGCGACGAAGGCUAAACCGACAGCCAAGAAACAAAUUGAAAGCAAAGCCAAGUUGGACAAGAAGGAAGCGGGGCCCAAGGCUCCAGUUCAACGUAAGACCAAAGCGGCCGCCCCGAAGAAAGCUGCCGCGCCAAAGAAAACAGCCGCAUCCAAGAAAAGCGCAGAUGUGAAGCAGCCAUCCAUCGUGGACGCUCUGUCAAAACCCAAACCUUCAUCCAGCACCGCCUCCAAGGCGUUCUCCUCACUUGGCUUCAGUGACACGGAGGACGAAGCCCAAGUACAGAAACCCAAGGCCGCCGCCAAACGGAAACAAGUCAUAAGCGACGAUUCUGACAGUGACUCGGGCGACCUCAUGUCUCGCCUGAUGUCCAAAAAAACAACAGCGGGAGCGAAGAAAAAAGGAAGGAAGUGGAGCGAUGAUGAAAGCUUCCAAAUUUCGGAGCCAGAGUUCGCUGUGCCAAAAGCUGCGCCACUUAAGUCCAGCAGAGCCAGGAAGCCCGUUUCCUACAAUAUUGAUUCAGAUUCUGACUAAAUCUGUGUUUAUUUUGGUUUUUGCAUGUUGUUCUUAGCUGUUUAAGCUGUUCUUAAAAUUUUUGAUACGUUCUGUGUUUAUAUAUUUAGCAGUUUUUCCUCAAAUAAAGUUUGCAAUUGUU